AUCGUUCAUGACAAUGGCUUAUAUCCGGUACAGCUCUGCAGAUCAUGAAAACGUUAGUACUUCCUCCUUCUAAAGACCGCGACACUAAUGUCGAUGGACCAGCGGACUCGCACAGUCACGUGACGCACGAGCAUCAGGAAGUAGCGUUCACGUCGCUGGCGAAGUUUUGCUUCAGCUUCGCGGAAAACGAGUCGUGUCACGGUCUCCUUGCGCCCUGUUGCUUGCUGAUGCAUCUUAUUAUCAAGUGCGUGAUCACCCUCGCUUCCAUCGUCAGAUUUUGGAGACGUUUUUCGAGACUUUGGAGAAAAAAGGCUGUCCCUCAAGGGAGGAUGUGACGUAGCAACAGUUGGUCUCUCAAGUCGGAAGAGAUGGUUCGACCGCCAUUCUGGUGGAGCCUGCUCGGCUUGUUCAUUGUCACCCACAAUGCCCCUGUUAGUUCAAACAAAGGAUCUUUGAAUGACAUUAGCACCAGGUGUGAAGUUCGAAGCCCGGUUGACAUCAUCUUGUACUGGAAGCAAACGAAGCCCAGACAAAAUAAGAAUGUCACCUUGUGUCCUUCUGACCAGUCUGACCAGUCUGACGAUAGUUGUUUAAAAGGAGAACUGAUCCCGUCAGACGAAGUCAAAAGUGAAAGCGCCUUUUUUUUCACAAUCUUUAAUCAAUCGUCCGUGUAUAAAGCAAUAAUUGUAUAUGAUCUGAAUAAUACCACCUUCAACGAAACUGUGGAGGUUGAUAUCGACAAGUGUUGGCAAACAGGAUUGUUACAGGACAGCAAUGUUCGAUGUGAGUUGCGAGGCCCAGUCCGUCUCACCCUGCGCUGGAAGCAAAAUGUAAUGACAUUACAGGAACACGUUUAUUUGUGCCUUGACGACCAUAUUAUCAAUGACUGUAUCAAAGGAAAGCAAAUCACCUAUGACGGAACAAAAAAAGAAAGUAUCAAUCAUUUCGAGAACGUUCAGCCAAAUGCCACCUACAAGGCAGUCUUAACUUCACUAUUAGAGGACAAAACUUUCUACAACAAAACCACGGAUAUUGAUAUCGAUAAGUGUUUAAAACAAGGAUGCAAAACGGGAGAGCACUUUGACCACAACUUUUUUUGCAACGGGUCUGGCCACCGUCACUGCAAGAAGGAGAUGAUCGUCAAUGGAGCUUGUUUGGUACAUCAUCACAUAAACGUCCGUGGGGAGUCUUCAGUCUUGAUUACACUUCAUGUUCACGAAAACGUGGACUCGGAUUAUAAGUUGAACACAAGCCACCAUGCUUCAAUAAAUAAAACAAAGAAUGGCUGUGAUGUAAACUUUACUGGGUUGAUGCCUGGUGAAGAAGUCAAGGUUCAAAUGAUGUUGAAUACGUUAAUCGACAAUGACACCAAGGCACUACAAUACACCCGAAAAGCUUAUUCAAUGCCAGCAGCACCCAGUGACCUACAAGGCCGCUGCACCAGGCCGGACAAUGUCAGGUUGACAUGGAACCAAACAGGAUUUUGUGCAAAAACUCAUUGUAGAGUGUGUCCAGCUCUGGGACCUAAGGACACGUGUGUCAGUGUAAAAGGUCCCAACUGUGGUGGCGCUGGUGUUAAGGAGCUCACAUGUGAUCUCAAUGUUCAACCAAAUGCCAAUUAUACCGCCAUCGUCGAAAUAGACAACGGUUCUGGUGAAAAGGUUACCACAGAAACAACAGUGAGCUGCUCCUCCACAUCAAAAUACCCGGGCGGCGCUCAGAUUAAUUACACACCAGAAGCACCCAUUAACCUAAAAGGUCACUGUGAUAGCCAGGGGAAUAUAACCGUGAUGUGGAAUCAAACAGGACUUUGCACUGAAACAGUUUGUAGACUGUGUCCGGUAAGAGAACCUGACACAUGUGUCAGUCUACAUGGACCCAGCUGUAGUGACAGUGGCACAAAGGAGCUCAGCUGUACAGUCAACCUGCCACAUGGUGUCGUAUAUAACGCCUUCGUCGAAAUACAUGGUGGAGGUGUUAAGACCAACUCAUCAACUAGAGUAAGCUGCUGUGGUACGCAAGUGCCAGGAGCACUUACUAACCUACAAGGUCACUGCAACAGCCAGGGAGAUGUAAACCUGACGUGGAGUCAAACAGGACUUUGUACAAGAACAACUUGCAGACUUUGUCCUAUCCCGAAAACUGAAGAUAAAUGUAUCGUUAUAGAUAGACCCGGAUGUGGUAACACUGGUGCGGAGGAGAAGAGCUGCAACAUGAAAGUGAGAACAAAUACCAAGUAUACUGCCGACGUUGCUUUGGAGUUCACUACUGGGUGUCAGACCAAGGUGCAAACCACAGUCAACUGCCAUUCUGCAUCAGUUCCAGCCCCGCCAGAUGGUUUUAGAAGUACCUGGAAGGCCCCUGGAGAAAUAAAGCUGGAGUGGACUCAACAAGGACCUAUCGCACAAUCAGUUUGCAAAUUGUGUCCGAUUGGAAAACCGGGAAAUUUCUGUCUCAGUGUCACAGGACCUAACAGUCCUAACAACGGCACUACCAACGGUCUGAACUGUAAUUUCACCCUGCAGCAGGAUGUGAAGUACACGUUCGUCGUAGAAGUCUCUAACAGCGAUAGUGAAAAGGCCGCAGGGACAGGAAAUAUUGAGUAUUACUUUAAUUCAGAACCUGUCCGUAAUGCCUCUGUCACUGGCGCUGGAACUCGGUCAGUCAACGUGUCUAUGAAGGCCUCGUGUCUGGCCAUGAGAGGUGAUGUGAGAUACGUGGUCGUCAACAUCAGCAACAGCCGUUGUCUGGUCUUUGGAACUAGUCAUACAAAAUGUAAACAGGAAAAUCGUCAACUGCUCUCAGCCUGUGAAAGACAGCCUGAUAUCCCUACAGACGUGUGUGAGGGUGAUGAGGACCGUGACUUUAUCUUACCUGUCAGUGGACUCACACCUUACACCACCUACACACUGCUCUUAGUGCCGUGGUACUGUGGCUAUAACCAUGGCAACACAAACAACUCUUUUAUUCUUGAGACAACAACAGAUCCACUAGAGCCAUGGACUGUGACGAUUGAAAAUGUGACUUGGAGUGCAAACAUAGUAACGAUCAUCUGGCCAUUACCUAACCUUGACCCUGGUCCUGUGACCUACACUCUUCACAUCACCGAUGCCAUACAGGCGCCAUCUGGCGUGGAAAACACGACCACAGUAUGCAGUACUCCACACAAAACCUGGUUUCGCAGAGUGUCCUGUACAGUCCCGGCAACCAGAAAGACAACAAAAGGACACUGCAGUGCAUCAGUUCCUUAUGCAUUCUGGAACUACAAAGUGGCCGUAGCUGUAAUGACAGCAAAGGGCAACUUGGCUUCUCAUGCGACUAAUGUCGAAAGUACUCCACAAACUCCAGGUCCAGUCGCCGCUCUUCACGUAUCUACCAAGAACAUGUCUGACCUCACUACUCUCUGUGGUCACGUGACGUGGACCGAAUACAGCGAUGUCUGUGUGAUGUGGAAGGAGACUUGUCCCCACCAACGAGACAACUUUAUUCAUGGAUACCUGUACAGACUCACACCUGAUGACAGCGGCAGUACCCCCCAAGUGAUACCCAGUCUGCUGCUCACGCAUGGAAAUGACGCAGUGCGCAUGCGUAGCGAUUGGAACGAGACUUCCUACUUCAAGCUGCUAAGCGUGGCUACAGACACUAACUACACAUUCUGUGUGCGUUCAGUUGGUCCUUCACCCAACAUCACAGGAACAGAAAGCUGCACCAAGUUCUACCUCCCAGCCAUUAAACCGUCCUUGUCCCGUGGAGACCAAUACAAGGUGGAAAAAAAGGACAUUCCAAGGCAAAAUGAUUCCAACCGUGUUACCUUCACCAUGAAGUCCACAUGCUUCAUGGUUAAAUCAACAUAUGGCAACAUCACUGAUAAUGGAUUGAUUAUUUCUAAGGGUCCGUUAAAACAUGAUGUAGACCUUGCAAAACUACCAUCAUGGUUUGAAAGAGACAAGUUUGGAUACUACAAAACCAAACCAGACUACCUGAACUCUCAGAGUAACUGCAACACGAGCAGAAGUGUUGUCGUGGGCAAGGAUGUGUGUUUCCCUGGAGACAACCGCCCUGGAAGAUACUGUGAUGGCCCUCUUGACCCUGGAACAAAAUACUCGAUCAACGCCAUGGUGUGUACAAAGCUGGGUGCUCCUCGACUACUGUGGUAGACAACAUCUCUACCCCAGAGGUUACUAAGACAAGCCACAGCAUCUCCCUUCACACUCUUGUGGUAAUUUGUGUGGCUCCAGUCUUGUUGAUAGCUAUCGCCUUCCUCGUGUAUGUUAUUAUUCGAUCUAAAAGACGACAGGGAAGCAAGACUUCGGCAACAGAGAUGACAUUGUGGCAGUCAGAUCCGUCUGCAUGGAAACGCUCACAAGCGAAGCAGCACUCCUGGGAAAGUGGCAUUCAAAAUCAAACACGCCCCAUUCCUUUGUCCAAACUGGAAGAAGUCAUCAAACGAAAAGAGCAAGGGGACAACGAGAGACUGCGUGAAGAGUUCAAGGCUAUAAACAGCUUGUCAAGAACCUUCCCAGUCGAUAACAGUACUAUGGACUGCAACAGAGGGAAAAAUCGUUUUGCCGAUAUAUUUGCCUAUGACCACAGCAGAGUUCGGUUGUCCAUUCAAGAUGAAGGAGGAAGGAAGUGACUAUAUUAAUGCUAACUUCAUCCCUGGUUAUAACCGCGAUGAUGAGUACAUCGCAUCACAAGGUCCUUUGCCGAGAACAAAGGACGACAUGUGGCGGAUGGUGUGGGAAUACCGAGUGCCUAUGAUCAUCAUGCUCACACAGACACAAGAGAAAGGCAGGGUUAUGUGCGAAGAAUACUGGCCGUCUGCACCUGGAGAAGUGAGACUGUACGGGCAACUCAUUGUCACAGCGGCAGCAUCUUCUGCCUUUGAAGGACUAUGUUAUCACCCGCUUACUCGUCAAACACAGUCAGGAUGAGGCCGAGGUGUUGCAAGUGUUCCACCUGCAGUACCUGGUGUGGCCCGACAUGACAGCUGACGUGUCCUGUAGACUCUAUACUCACCUUACUCCGCGUGGUCAGACAUCUGCUGCACGAUUCUCCUCGCCCCCUGGUGGUCCACUGCAGUGCUGGUGUUCGGUCGUACGGGGACCUUUCAUUUGCCUCGACUACAUCAUGCAGUUCAUCCGGAACAGACCGAUGUCGGACAAGCUGGACAUCUUCAAAUUCAUUCUACAGAUGAGAGAAUACCGCUGUCGCAUGGUUCAAACAGUUAAUCAAUACAUCUUCAUCCACAAUGUUGCCCGCCAUCUGAUGGCAGCUAGAAAACGCACCAGAAAGGCUUCCAAGAGUCACGAGACUGGAGGCAUCGCCAGUUCGUUGAGCGAAGCAGAGAUGAUGCUUCUUCCACGGCCAAGCGAUGAAUCUGUGAGUACAUCCGAGGGGACAGAACUCAUUGAAGCCGAUAUGAAAGAAGAAGAUGUCCCUGAGGUUGACAAGUUUCUGCGCGUGUCCAAGUGAUUUGUGUACUUAAACAGGACAAACAGGAUGAUCCAUCUGAUAAACUGAUAAACUGCUGUCGACUGAGUGUUGCCAUAAAAGUCAGCGUCACAUCUGUGUUUACACAUGAGAAAUUUGUGACUGGGGCGGCAAAAAUAGUAACUGUGGGGUAUUGUUUUAUGAAUUGUACCGAAAAAAAUGUGCUUGUACAGUUUGAUCAUUAGCUGAAGAUGCCUUCUAAUAAAUUAUCAAAGCUUAAUUUUUUUCGUAUGUAAUAUCAUUUUGCUUGUAGACACUUUUUUGAGCAUUUAUCUUUUGUCAUUAAGAUUACUUUUGAAGAAAGACAAAUAUCCUGCUUCAUGUACUAUAUGUUUGUGUGAUGCAACUACAAGAUCUGGUCACAUAUAUUGCUUGUCACAAAAAGCAUUAUGAUAAUUUUUUAUAAACAAAUCCUUAAAACGACAAUUAUGCCUAUAGGCUAACCGAGUGAACAAAAUAUUUUCAAAUGAGGGAGUUUGAUUGGUUUUAUAAUACUGCUUCUUAACGGACAAAAAUAGAUUGUUCUGCUCGAGCCUUUCAACACCGUAGCUAUCUUCUGAUUUUGAGAAAAAGGCCAAGUUCCUGUUAUCCCUAACAUCACAACAGUAGGUUUGCAUACUAGGCCAAGCCUCCGUGGCAUGGUUCCAAGAUCUUGCAUUGGCUUCUUUGACGUGUUCUUUUCAAAGUCACAUCAAAAUAUUUAUAUCAGUCUCUUGAGUGAGACUACAUUAUAACCACGUGAGCCAGUAAAUCUGAACGUCCAAAUGUAAUUUUUAAUUUGUUAAUUGUAAUUUACAAAAUUAAUUGUAAAUGUGACUGUAAAAACACGUCUCAUAGAAAUGUAUAUAUAAUUGUCUACUUGAUAAAAAAACAAUAUGUCAGAGAUAAUAAUUGUCAGAGAUAAUUAUAACUUUAUUCCUUUGGACUUUUUUUUUCGUUUAAUUAUCAGUAGGGUGUUAAAUCAUUUUUAUUCUGGUUUUAAUUAAAGGAAAUGACAUAACCUUACUGCUGUAAUUAAUCAGUAGGUUACCCAACCCCUCUGACAUUCGACUUCGCUCUGGUCUUUAAGUUGUAUUCUCUCUUAUGCGUUAAAACCAAUCGUUAGCGCUGUAUUUGCGCAUUUUGCAUACCUCGGUACCUCACUACAAUGAUUUGAUUGUAUAUUUCCUUCAUUAUUUUCCUGUUUUUUUUUUAAAUGUUCCAUUUCAAGCACAAAAUACAACUAGCUUAUGCACUUUAGAUAUAUGUAUAUGCAACUUGUAUUCGCUGUUCGAAAUUCUAAACCAGUUGUACUGGUCUGUUUACUCCAUGCUUCUUCAUGACUUUAGUUCAUCGUUGCCAUAGUGUUCAUCCAUUUUCUGAGGAGUAUUUUUCUAAUUGGGUUGACUGUUUGGUUUGUAGUCUUUCGUGUACAGCACAUGGAGCCGCAUUCACCAGGGGAAAAACUUAUUAUUGUUGUUUUGUUAUUGUUAUUGUUAUUAUUAUUAUUGUUAUUAUUAUUCCUGAGUUAUAAGCUCCUGCUAUCUGUUUUUCUAUCUGUUCUUACAUUCAAACAUUUUCACACAAAAAAUCACAAGUGUCUCUCACGAAAAUCUCAUGCAUUUUCUUAAUGUCUGUUUUUGCAGAAGCAAAACGAUAUACACUAAAUUAAGCAGAGCAGAAGAAGACUGUUAGCAAGAAUGUUAAAAAAAAACGAUGAUGUGAAGAACGAUUAUCUUGUCUUUAAACGGCUAUUUUGGGUCUCCCUCUCUGUUAAAUUCUAAUGCAUUGUUCAUCGCAUGAUGUGAUAUUGCAGAAUAUAUUUUUUCUACUUUAUGCACAUUGUAAAAAUAAAGAUUUAAAUAAGGUUA